CUUCCAACUUGAUAUCCCAGAAAAGAAAGAGAAAGAGCGAAAGACGGCCGGCGGACUUUGGGAAAACCCGUGUUUCACAAGUCGAAGUUCCAACGUACACCGCACAGGUUCAGGUGGAUUAGAAAGCGAUUUCCAUGAAUGCAUUGUUGUGGUGUGUUUGCGCGAUCUCAUCCACCAACUACCAUCCCUGGCAGUGCAUGUGUGCAGUGAAAUCGGCUGCGUUGGGCGAUGUCCUCGGGCACUUCCAUGAGAACUUUGUGGGGGGUGGAGGAUGGCGCAAUCGAUGCCGGUAAAGCCGCCAUGAUUUGAAAUGCGUACAAUUUGUGCGUAAUGUGCCAUGCACGCAUCCCCAGCUCGCCACAAAACGAAGCUUCCGAUGAGGGCAUAUAAAGAGGGACGGGGACGGGGAGUACCAGGACCUUCUCAUAACAACUCAACAACUAUCUUCACGCAUUCACAUACCCAAUUAUCAAAAUGGCAUCCGAAAGCAUCCCUACUAAGCAGAUCUCUGUCAACAUCAAGGAGCAAGGCAAGGCUGAAGUCGUCACCGAUGCAGCCAUCCCCGAGAUCCCUGAUGACUACGUUCUCGUCAAAACCGUCGCGGUUGCGUUGAACCCCACCGACUGGAAGCACAUCGACUACUCGGCUAAGGCCGGCACCCGCGUUGGUUGUGACUAUGCCGGAACCGUUGUUAAGGUUGGCAAGAAUUUGACUCGUCAGUUCAAGGUUGGCGACGAUAUUGCUGGCGCUGUUCAUGGCUCCAAGACCGGUCCCAUCGAUCGCGGCGCCUUCGGUGAAUACAUCAUCGCUAAGACUGGUGUGGCCAUCCACAAGCCCGCUAACUUCUCAUUCGAGGAGGCUGCUACGCUCGGCGUAGGUGUGACCACGGUCGCGCAAGGCCUCUUCCAGACCCUGGGCCUGCCUUUGCCUGGGGAGAACGGGCCCAAAGGCACCAUCUUGGUGUAUGGUGGAUCCACUGCUACGGGUACUCUUGCGAUUCAGUAUGCGAAGCUGGUGGGAUGGAAGGUCAUCACUACCUGCUCGCCGAGGAACUUUGACUUGGUAAAGUCAUUGGGUGCCGAUGAGGUCUUUGACUACAACGACCCUGAGGUGAUCAACAAGAUCAAAGCCGCCACCAACAACAGCCUCACCCACGUCUUCGACACCAUCUCCCUCGAAGGCUCGGCCAAAAUCUCCGCCGGCGUGCUUGCGCCCAAAGGAAAGUACUCUGGCCUCCUGCCCACCAAAGCGCCACGCGACGACGUCAGCUGGACCUCCACCCUCGCCUACACCGCUUUCGGCGAGCCCUUCUCCACCUUCGGCGUCACCAAGGAUGCGAUCCCAGAGGACUACGCCUACGCUACCAAGUUCUGGGAGAUUUCGGAAAAGCUGCUCGCGGGCGGGAAGCUGAAGCCCCACCCUCUUGAGGUUAAGGAGAAGGGAUUGAAGGGUAUCAUCGACGGCUUGGAUUUGUUGAGGAAGGACAAGGUCAGCGGAAAGAAGCUGGCGUACAGGAUCGCUGACACCCCCAAGUGAAUCGCUGUCCCAAAAUCUGGAGAGUUAGCUUAACAAUAUGGAAUGAUUCGAUCGCAUGUGGGAGCAUUGGGAAGGUCCUUUGGGGUAUGGCAACGAAGCAACUUCAUGUCGCCAACAAUUUUGUAUAUACAUACGAAAAAUAAUAAAGCAUAUCAUGUUGCAAAAACAUCAGAGC